AUGCCUACACCCAUUGGCAAACUUUGGCAGGCAAGCAGCAUCGCCGAGCCGUUCCAGCAAGCGGUAAAGGACAGCAUUGCCAUGCGCGUCAGUGCAGGCAAGCGGCGGCCCAAGUUGGUCGGAAUCCUUGCUACCCGGUCCGAACCCAGCAUUGCUUACGCAGAAUGGACGCGAAAAGCAUGCGACAGCGUUGGCAUCGACUUUGCUAUAUGGAAGACAUGGGAGGACUCAGGGAAAGGCGAAGAAGUGGACGGCGCGGAGGUAAAGUCGCGCGAUCUGCAGGAUCUGAGCCUGGAAGCGGACGUAGAAGACCUAAUUAUCGCAGCGAAUGCUGAUUCGAAUGUGAAUGGUAUCAUGGUCUACUAUCCCAUUUUUGGCGGGCGGCGGGAUACGUACCUGCAGCAGAUUGUCGACCCACGAAAGGACGUCGAGGGCCUCCAUUUCAGCUAUUGCUGGAACAUGUAUCACAACGUGCGCUGGCUGCUGCCAUCUCAGGUCGGCAGGGCUCCUGGUACCUACACCGAGCUUGACGCCGCCGUGCCUGCUACUGCAUCGAAAAUUGCCGACGAGGUGCCGAAGGGAUUUGCCAAGAGCAUACUACCUUGCACUCCUCUCGCCGUUGUAAAGUGCAUGGAAGCAAUGGGCAUCUACGACUUCUCACUUCCUUACGGCGAUCGUCUCUACGGCAAGACUGUCACCGUGAUCAACCGGUCUGAGGUCGUGGGGCGACCGCUGGCAGCGUUGCUGGCCAAUGACGGCGCUCGAGUGUUCAGCAUUGACAUCGAUUCCAUUCAAGAAUUCAACAAGCGCCCAGAUUCUGAACCAAAGACCCACACCGCAUCGGCCAUCGUGCUCGCAGCGCGUGAGCAUAACGCGGCCCGCCGCCUACGACCGCAUCACAUCGUCCGCAUGUGCUCUCUUACCGCCGAAGAAUGCAUCGGGCGCUCUGACGUGGUCAUUGGGGGCGUACCGUCGGCUAGCUAUAAGGUGCGCACCGAGUGGAUCAAGGAAGGCGCGACAUGCAUCAACUUCAGCUCGGAGAAGAAUUUUGAGAAAGACGUUCGCACAAGAGCUGCUCAGUACCUUCCGGCCAUCGGAAAGACAACUAUUGCCAUGCUCCAGCGAAAUUUGGUGCGACUUCUCGAGUACAGAGACGUUCUUUCGCAGUGA